CCGAUGUAGAGGGCGGUGCAGAGGGCGGAGCGCGGCCCCGCCAUGUCCAAGCACGUGUUUCUGACGGGACCCCCAGGAGUUGGAAAGACUACUUUGAUCCAGAAAGUAACCCAAGCUCUAAAAUCCUCAGGCAUUCCCAUUGAUGGAUUUUACACUGAGGAAGUUAGAGAAGGUGGCAGGAGAACAGGAUUUGAUGUCGUCACUUUGUCUGGAAACCGAGGACCUUUAUCAAGAGUCAGUUCUAAUUCUACUUCAAGAUGUGAAUACCGGGUUGGACAAUAUGCUGUAGACCUUGUUUCCUUUGAGCAGUUGGUUCUACCUCUGCUAAGAAAUGUAAACCAUGGUGGUGAUACAGAGAAAAGAAUUUGUGUCAUUGAUGAGAUUGGUAAAAUGGAACUCUUCAGCCAGCCUUUUAUUCAAGCUGUUCGUCAAACGCUGGCUGGCUCAGGGACUGUGGUGCUUGGAACUAUUCCAAUACCUAAGGGAAAGCCACUGGAUCUUGUUGAAGAAAUAAGAAGUAGGAAAGAUGUUAAAGUGUUCAAUGUUAGUAAGGAAAACAGAAACAGCAUUUUGCAAGACAUCUUGGCAGCUGUGGAAUCCUGCAGAAAAUGAAGACCUCUUCUUUCCUGUAAACACUAAAGCUUUUAUUUCAACAAAACAUUACAACAUUUUGCGGCUGUUUUAGAGUCUGUCUUUCCUGCUUUAGCCCCUGGAGGCUUUACUGGAGCCUUCAGAGUAAGCAAGGUAAAGCUGGGAAUAAUUUAAAAUGUGAAAAUGAGAUAGCAGGAUUCGUAUUUAUUCAGUUCACCGAAUUAAAAAAAAAUUGAACAGAGAUGUAUCUAACAUCCAGUUCUAAUCUGGGUGUUUGGAAGUUAGGUGUUCUAACUCUGAUCCAAGUCACCCCAUGUAAAAACAAUUAACUGUAAAGUCUGUUUGAGAUCUUAGUCUUCCUGAGUGUGUUUGGACUACUCUGCCUGGAGAGCAGUUCAGUAUCUGGAACUCGGCCCUGGUGGAACAGAACAGAACAGAACCCUGUCCCAAACGUAUGUGUGUUCUGCCUGGCUUACACAGAAAUAUCUUUGCUGUUGGUGACCCAGUUUAGGUGCAUUCAAGAGCAUUUCAGCAUGGAUGCUGACACAUCAUGAGCUAGAAAGAAUAAGCGGAUGGUCUCUCUCCCUCUACUUCCAGGCACCCCUCCCUGCAGCCGCAGUAUAAGAAGGGUUAACUGAAGUUUCAAGAAAAUUUCCUGUAGUUUCAAGUGACAUUUACAGAAUUCCGCUUUGGGUGUAAAAAUACUCAACUCUACUCUCUCCUACAUGGCCCAGACAAUAGUUGAUAAGGGGGCUACAUUUUAUUUUCAAUUUUCUGAUCUGGUAAUCCUGUCCCCCACUCCCUUAAAAAUUAUAUAUGAAUCUUCAAGUCUAUGAAGUUCAGUAAAAUACUGACGUGUUUUUCAUGCAGGAAAGUCAGGAUUGACUUACUACUGUAUUUGUUUGUAUUUGUUUUCCAGUCUGUUGAUACUUCUUGUUUGUUUGAGUUUUUUUUCCUUAUUCAAUUCUGUACAUGCUUCAUGGCAAAAUAAGAAUUGUUUGAGAGUAUUAAACAAUGUGUUACCCUAUGAGGUGUGCAGAUGUGUUCAGGAACCACUUAUUCAGUUCUGCAUGUUGUGCAAACAGAAUUCCCUCCCAGGUGCACACUGUUCAUUGUACAAUUUAUAGUCAUCUCUGGUUGUAGAAAGUUGUUAAGAAUUCAGUUGUUGCUUAACUUUUCCCUGUUCAGUUUGAUAACUUAAAAUCAGCAAACUAUUUAAUGCCAUUUUCAGAUACAAUUUUAUUUAUUCAUUUCUAUAGAACUGACACUCACAGUUGUAUGGGGCUGGAUGGGGACAGACACUUUUGCAGAUGUCCUGCAGACAGUUGGGAGCAUGGAAGGAAUGUCCUUUCCUGUAUUCAGAACAAGGGGGUCUGGUACAAACACUGCCCCUCCCCACAUAGUAGGAGGUACGUGCCAUGAUACAGGAUGCCAUGGCCUCAUUCCCUUCUGCCCAAAUCCGUUUGGAUGGUUAGUAUCGUUUUCAUUGUGUUUGGGAAAAAGAAAAUCCCUCUUAGCGUCCCACUCCUUUGAAAAUGUACAGCUCCUGGCUCCCUUUUGCAAAAUAAGGUUGUGCCCUGGAGAUAUUGCUAAUCCUUUAAUUACUUCAGGCAUCUUACUCAACCAGAACACCUUUUUAUAGGUGAAGGACUUGGGACCAGUGUAAACCUUUUCAGGGCUGUAUGCCAUAGAUUUUUGAGCAGAAAUCUGAAGUAUUGGAUGUCCUCCUGUUUCAGUGUCAGGUCUCUUAAGCUGUAAAAUAUGCUGCAAAAGAACAGUUCUUUCAAUGAUUAAAUAAAUACCCAAAGUCUA